AUGGGCUGCGGUAGUUCAUCAAUUAAAAUCAGGAAAUCUGCAAAAACAAUAAGAGCUGCGUUGAUCAUCCAAAAUUGGUACCGAGGUUACAGAGCUCGGUUGAAGACCAGACAACGCUAUGCUCUCACCAUCUUCCAGUCCAUUGAAUAUGCCGAUGAACAAGGCCAAUUACAGUUAUCCAAUUUCUUUUCCUUCAUGUUGGAAAACUACGUACAUAUACAAGAGAAAGAUCCAACUUUAGUAAAUCGGCUGUUUGGUUGCGCCCCCCUGGACGACAGGGGUAGACAGGAAUGUGUAGGGAUAAUAGAGAUUCCGGACUCCUAUAUUGGCCCUCGGCUGCAAUUUCCACUCAAUAGUAAUUCUCUGAAUGUAAUGAUUGAGGCCUUUAAGCAGCAGCAGAUACUCCAUGCCUAUUACGUUUUAGAAAUACUGUUCGAAACUAAGGAAGCCAUGAAGCAAAUGCCCAAUUUUAAUCAUAUAAGAACUUGUCCCACCAAAGAGAUAACCAUCUGUGGUGAUUUACAUGGAAAAUUAGAGGACCUCCUUUUGAUCUUCACCAAGAAUGGCCUCCCCUCUGGGUAUAACCCAUAUGUUUUUAAUGGUGACUUUGUGGAUCGAGGAAAAUGUUCCAUCGAGAUCUUGAUGAUCCUGUUUGUGAGUUUCCUUCUCUAUGGUGAUGACCUGUGCUUGAACAGAGGGAACCAUGAAGACUUUUUGAUGAAUAUGAGAUAUGGAUUCACAAAAGAAGUCUUGAGUAAAUAUAAGAUACAUGGGAAGAAAAUCUUACAAGUCUUGGAAGAAGUUUUUGCCUGGCUUCCCCUUGGUACAAUCAUUGAUGAUGAGAUCCUGAUCAUGCAUGGUGGCAUAUCAGAGUCUACGGAUCUGAAUUUACUCCAUCAUAUAGAAAGAAACAAAAUGAAAUCUGUGUUGAUGCCACCAGUUCCAGUGGAUAAAGAUGUAGGAACUGAAACGAAGAAGACUAAAGGAUAUAUGCCUCGGGGAGUCAAAUUAAGUGGAUCACCUUCUGAUUAUUUAACAAAGCAUGAGUGGGAACAGGUCAUCGAUAUUCUGUGGAGCGAUCCUCGUGGGAAACGAGGCUGUUAUCCAAACACUAGUCGAGGAGGGGGCUGCUAUUUUGGGCCGGAUGUCACCACGAAGUUUCUUAAUAAAAACCGUUUGAAGCUUCUCAUUAGAUCUCACGAGUGUAAACCUGAAGGGUAUGAAGUCUGCCAUGAUGGGAAGGUUAUUACGGUAUUUUCUGCUUCUAAUUAUUAUGAAGAAGGCAGCAAUAGAGGAGCUUACAUCAAGGUGGGUUUUAGUACCAAUCUGCGAUUUUUCCAGUACCAAGUAACCAAGGCAACGUGCUUAGGACCUCUUCAUCAAAGGGUGAAUACCAUAGAAAGUAGUGCCAUCAGGAUAUUGAAAGAGCGAAUCAUUUCACGAAAAACUGACCUCAUUCAUAGUUUCCAACUUCAAGACCGUACUAAAUCAGGAAAAAUAUCUAUGGGUCAGUGGGCUUUUUCUAUGGAAAACGUUUUGGGACUGAACUUGCCAUGGAGAAGCCUGAGCUCACAUCUCGUUCUCACUGACCAAGAUGGAAACAUUGACUACAUGACCUGCUUCCACGACAUUCACAUUCAAAAACCUGUGAAAGAGGCUCAGUCAGCUCUCAUUGAAACCCUGUACAGAUACCGAUCUGACCUGCAAAUCAUUUUUAAUGUCAUUGACUCUGACCACUCAGGUCUUAUCUCUAUGGAAGAAUUCCAUUCCAUGUGGAAACUUUUUUGUAGUCACUACAACCUUCAUAUUGGUGAUUCCCAAGUUGAUGAGCUUGCUGAAAGAAUGGACUUGAACAAAGAUGGAAGCAUCGACUUCAACGAGUUUUUAAAGGCUUUCUAUGUCGUACACCAACUUGACAACUUGCACAAAUCAAAGACCCAACUUGCUUAA